AUGCAAAAUUUAGGUAUGUAAACAAAAUUAAAAGCCUGAAUGGAAAAUCAAAGCUAUCUCAUGGCUUCAAUCAAAUUGUCUAUGCAAAUAAAGUCAGUGCAUUGUUAGUACACUUAUAUACACUCAAGGAGGGCCAUAUUCUGACAGAAAAAUCCAAAGAUUCCCACACACUUGUUGUUUACCAACCUAUGAAGAAAUUAGUUAUCUGAAAGUCUGAAGACAAUGAUAACUUAGAGAUCAUGGAUUUGUGCAAUCUCAUGGAGAUUAACUAAAGGAUAGACAAUUAAACAGCUUUAAUCAUACUAUUGGACUGAACAUGGAUAAUCAGGAAGAAAUUGAUCAUAUCUACUACCAAGGGGAUUUCCAAAAUGAAGCAGUGAAAGGGUUAUCUGAGGCAGUGGAGAAUUGUGAAACCAUGGCAACUCCUGUUAUAAGUAAUGGCUGUCUUCCACCCUCAGCAGCCUCGUCUGACCAGAUAUCCUUGGAAUUUGAAAUUACAAACGUGGAUGAUGACAUUCUUAACACUGUAGAAAAGCUUUUUAACUUUGGAAAAUCUGGAGCAAUUCCAUAUGAAACCAUACAGGAUAUUUUGGGCAAAGCCAUUCAAGCAGAGAGAAAUCACUGGAAGGACCGUCUGAACAGUGCAAUGCAAGAAAUCGAGAGACAGCACAAAAUUCUCCUGACUGAGCAGUCCUCCUUACAAGAUCUUUGUGGUAUGCUGGAUGAUAACAACAAGCCUUCCAUUAGGGAGAAGCCAAGUGCAGACAUUCCAGAAGAGAACCUCACCACUGAACAGCUCAUACAAAACCUGAAAUUCAAAAUCGAACAUCUGAAACAAAUCUCAAGUUACAUGGACCAGAGCAAGGAUGCAGGACCCAUUUCAGACAAGUUCCCUUCCAAGAAGAAAUACUCAGAAAUGGAUAUAAAGUUCAUGAAAAAUGCAAUAGCCAAAAUUCACUUUGAAAAAGAGUCCUUACAUAGUAAGUUGACAGAAAAAGAAACUGAAAUCAAAUGGCUUCAGAAGGAAUUAAAUGGAGUAAAGAAUCAGUUGUUCAAAUUACAAGACAUUGUUAAAGAAUACAAUGAGGAUCACCAAGGGGCGCAGUUCCACCUGAAUCAAGUAGAAGCCAGUCCUCGUCAAAGUGUCAAAGCAAGUGACCGUGUGAAGAGGGAGCGUACUUAUAUAGAGGGGGACCAGCUACAGUCAUACCCUCUGCCAAGUGAGGAAUCGGCAGUGUGGAAAUUACGGCUACGAUCUCAAGUCUAUUCAACUAGAAAAGGAAAUGUACGAACUGGAGUCACUCAGUGCCUCCGUUGUCAGAAACUGUUCAAACCAACUGACAAUGGUCCAAAAGCAUGUAGGUUUCACAACAAGGGCAGGGAAAUAAAGGAGCAAUAUGACGAGAAUGGAAAACUUCUGAAUGUUAUUUACAAGUGGGCAUGUUGUAAAAAGGGACUUGAGACUGUUGGUUGUUCAACAGGUUAUCAUAUCUGAUGAAGAGGCUCUGACUAUGGUAGAAUAGUAAAAUAUAGCUGCCAUUCAAAUGUAUACAUCUAAUAUACAAACAGUGAAAUUGCAACCCACAGCAUUUUCAUUUAGAAUUUAAUUAAAACUGCACAGAUUUUUUUGAUGAAAUAAAUGAUUGAUUGAU